AUGGCUUUCCACCAAAGAUCGAUAAGUUUGCCAUCUAGGCCUCGCGUCAGUGAGACCGAAGUUGAGCAAGAGCUCCACAGCCUAGAAGCAAGCAUCUCUUCCUCCAACUCCAUCAACACGAUGUGCGAUGGUCUAAGGACUCUUGCAAACAUCUAUGAUGGUCUUGACGAGAUCAUUUGCCUACCAAACCACCAAGUUUGCUCCUCCCAGCAGAGGAAGAUGUUGGAUGGAGAGAUGGAGUGCUCCAUUGAGCUGUUAGAUCUCUGCAACUACAUGCAAGAGACCUUCGCCGAGAUGUUGGCCAUCAUCCAAGAGCUGCAGGUGGCUCUAAGGAAAGGAGGUGAUGCAGCUGCUCAAGCCAAGAUCCGGUCCUUUACUCGCUUGGCGAAGAAGGCCAGGAAACAUUUCAAGACUGCCAAGAAGGCUGCAUCCGAUAAGAUGGUCAUGCUAUUGACCAAGGCAAGAGAGAUCUGCAUCUCUCUGUUGGAGUCCACACUCCAUCUCUUGUCGAAGCAAAUUGAAAUGCCAAAGCAGUCUCUUGUCUGCAAGGCAUUUUACAAGAAGAAGGCAGUUGUCUGCGAGGAGGAGCAAUUGCAGGAGUUAGAGUACAGCAUUGGAGAUCUUCAGAAUGGAACAGGAAAUCUGUUCAGGAAAUUAGUCCAGAACAGAGUUUCUAUUUUAAAUAUUCUUAGCUCAUAG